GAAUGCCAAAGUUCACAUUUCUUCACAGUCAAGCAAACAGCACCACAACUGUGGUCCAGAGCCUGGUCUACCUCUCAGCAAUUCAGUAGCAGAACAAACCCCGCAGUCAUGAAGUUCCAGACGUUCGUUCUCUUGAUCUCCACGGCAGCUUUUGCCCCAGCCAGAGGGAACCCCAUCUCAACUGCUGAGGAUAUUCAAGUCCAGGAGAAUUUUGACGAGGAUAGGUUCUAUGGAAAAUGGUAUGAAAUUGCUGUUGGCUCCACCUGCCCCUGGCUGAAAAAAUAUAAGGACCGCUACACCAUGGGGACACUGGUUGUGGCACCAGGGCAAUCGAGGGAGGAGAUCAGUAUGACAACCACAAGGCUCAGGCAUGGUGUCUGUUCUCAGGUCACUGGAGAAUACCAGAAGACAGACAUUCCAGGGAAACUCACCUACUAUAAUCCGAAAUGGGAUGCAAAUAUUGAGACCUUUGUGGUUCACACCAACUACAUCGAAUAUGCCAUCUAUGUGAUAAAGAAGAACAGCUCUCACGGUUUGACCACCACAGUCAAGAUAUAUGGAAGAAACCAAGAACUGAGAGAGGAUCUCAUGGCCGAUUUCAGACAGCUUGCUCUGGACUUGGGAAUCCCUGAAGACUCCAUCUGCACUCCAAUUAAUAAAGGGGAAUGUGAUCCUUCGACAGGUGAACCUGAACCACAGUCAAGAGGUCGAAGAGCUAUUUUGCUUGAGGAAGAAGGAUCUGCCGAUGGUUCAUUGAACACCUUGCUAGGCAACAAAGAAGAUUAUUGCCGACUGCAAGUGGAUGCUGGCCCUUGCCUGGGUUCAGCCCCUCGGUAUUUCUACAAUGUCACUUCUCGGACCUGCGAGACCUUUAUCUACGGCGGCUGUCUUGGGAACGGCAACAACUUCCGCUCAGAGAGGGCCUGUCUCCAGACGUGCAGGACAGAGGCAUCUUGCCGUCUCCCCAUCGUCCCUGGCGGUCCUUGUAAAAUGACAUACUGGGCCUUUGAUUCAAACCUGGGCAAAUGCGUGAUCUUUGAAGGGUGUGGGGGCAACGGGAACAAGUUUUACCAUGAAAAAGAAUGCAAAGAAUAUUGUGGGGUACCCUCAGAAGGAGAUGAGGAAUUUCUCCACCUACUGCCACCGAAGACCAAGUAAAUGUGAAGGUUUUUCACUGAACAUAAACAUCCAUCUUAAUUCAGUCUUCUUUGUAUGUACCAAGAACCCAAAUAAACAUGGUCUUCUACACUGAA